AUGGCCCAAGAAUUUGAGAUGACAGAUAUUGGCUUUAUAUCAUUUAAUCUCAAAUUAAAAGUGCGUCAAUUGGAUGAUGGAUUUUUUGUUGGGCAACAAGCACGUGUGAAGGAAGUUAUGGAUAGAUUCAAUAUGUCGAAUACUAAAUCGUUGGAUACCCCUAUGGAGAUUGGAGCUAAAUUGAGCAAGAACGAAAAGGGAGAAAAGAUGGAUCCCACACUGCUCAAAAGUCUCAUUGGAUGUCUAAGGUAUUUGAUAUGUACUCGGUCAGAUAUUCUUUUAGGUGUGGGAAUUAUUAGUCAAUUCAUUGACGUUCCCACGACGGAACACAAGAACGCGACAAAGAGGAUUUUGAGAUAUUUGAAAGGUACUAUUGAUUUUGGACUAUUUUAUUCAUCUUUCAAGAAAUUUCAACUUGUUGGAUAUUCCGAUAGUGAUUUUGUCGGAGAUAUAGAUGAUCGUAAGAGAACAUCUGGAUUUUUAUUUUUUAUGGGGUAUAAUGCAAUUUCGUAG